AAUAUUUCUACUUCCGGUACCGUUCGUGCGCCAUCUUUGACGACAAAUAGCCCAUCUAUGUUAUUUUUGUUUUCAAAAAGUAUCGAAAAGUAUGAUAGAACACUAAAUCGCAUUAAAUAACCGAAUCAUACGUCUGGAUUUUUACCGUACCUUACUUGUUAUAACACAGUAAAAGUCUUCGGGAAACAUUUUUGACGAGAUGUCGCUUGUGGAUUUGGGAAAACGCUUGUUGGAGGCGGCACGCAAAGGACAAGAUGAUGAAGUGCGGUCACUUAUGGCCAAUGGAGCUCCUUUUACUACAGACUGGCUGGGAACAUCACCACUUCAUUUAGCGGCGCAAUACGGGCACUACUCCACUGCUGAGGUGCUUCUCCGUGCCGGAGUAAGUAGAGAUGCCCGGACCAAAGUCGAUCGAACCCCCCUUCACAUGGCUGCGGCAGAGGGCCACUCAAGCAUUGUUGAAUUGCUGGUUAAGAGCGGAGCAGAUAUCAAUGCCAAAGACAUGCUGAAAAUGACCGCCCUUCACUGGGCUACAGAGCAUGGGCACAGGGGAGUCGUGGAGCUGUUGAUUAAAUACGGCGCUGAUACUCACGCCCUCAGCAAGUUUGACAAGACGCCUUUUAACAUUGCAGUGGACCGAGGAAACACUGAGCUGAUGCUAUUGUUACAGGAGGGGAUGCAGAACCAAGUGAACAUGAAUCCAGAGAGGACCAUUCUGAGCAGCACGUCGCCUGCCACAGCAAGCCCUCAGUUCAUCAUCUCGUCCUCUGGAGUGGUCAAUCUCUCUGAUAUUGUUCUCACUAAUGCUAAGGCUAACACAGGAGCUGGAGAGAGUGUGAUUGCUGCUGAUUCGGUAGAUUCUGCCAUCCAGCAUCUUGUAGGGGAAGAUGGCCAGAGAGUCAUCACCAUAGUAACCGACCAACAGGGAAACCUGCAGACUGGCAACUUGGGACAGAAAUUCUUUGUCACAAUGCAGGGGCAGCAAAUGGUUGCAGUUCCAGCUGGUCAGAUUGCAGAAGAAGUCAUAACCGAGGACACCAAACCAGUUCCAUCGCGGAAACGGAAAUUUGAAUCAUCUGUCAACCACACGGAUGUCAAACACAAGGAGCCCACCGAGAAGGACAGUCGGGAACUACUGGAACAGCAACUAAAAGAAGCAAACAGAAAAGCCCAGGAGUACAGACAGCAGUUACUACGAAAGGAACAGGAAGCUGAGCAGUACAGGCUGAAACUAGAGGCCAUUGCCAAUGGGCAGACCAAUGGCACCAGCACAGAGCCCCAAGAGGAAGUGGUGCUCCAGGAAGAGGAAGAGGAGGAGGUGGUUGGCGAAGAGGAAGUUGUCAUGUUGCCAGAAGGGGCCAUCAUCAUUAAAGAGGAGCCCCUUGACUCAACGACAGGAGAAACAGUAACAUUAAUAGAAGCCGCAGAUAUCACAGCCACCUCCGAGGGCACGCCGUAGCAGUAAACCCAAAGACUUAAUCACUCAGGAAUUACAAAUGCUGUGUGCCUGGAGUGGGACAUUGUAUUUAUUUAUUGUAAAUCAUAACCUUUUGUUUUUACCCUUUUUUUUACUCAUAGCAUUCAGUUUCUGUACAAACCUCUACAACAAUGUAGCAUUAUAUUUAGGUGGCCACAGCGAACCACUGCUCAGAUUGACAGAAUUGGAAGACCAGGUGUGUUUUUUUUAAACAUACAGAAGUGCAAGUUAAGGAUUUUUUUUUUAAUUUUUUUAAUCAAACCAUGUAAUGCACCUUGAAUGCAUACUAUAGCGUUAGUAUGCACCUAGUGUACUUAAAGGAACAUGCUUGGUUCAGUGUACAUCAUUUUGACUUUAGUCCCUUUAGUUUUUUUUUUUUUUUUUUUUUGCGCAAGUUGUGGUUAUAGUAAUGCACUUUUGAUUUUAAAAAACAAAACAAAAACUGGGACUGUGUUCUGAUGAAGCUGAUAUUUUUGUUGAAUCACCUGCAUUCAUGAAUCGGUAAGAAAUGAAGGGUCAGUGAACUGAAAAUAUUGUGCAAACAUUUCUGGGUUCACUAGUUUUCAUGUUUCAGUAUUGUGCCAUAUAACCACAAUUUUUGUUUCUUUAAAAAAA